UGUUAUAUAGAAGCUCUAUAGUAUAUCUAGAGUUCCACAGCAAGAACGAUUAGUUAUGCAAGUAGUAAGGUCAAUUUCUUUGCUGCUAUUAGAUUUUAAGUUUUGUUUGACGCAUACUGAUCGGCUUAGUACUGAAGGUUAAACUUCCUUCAACUUCCGUUUCAAGCUCCUUCACUUUCGAAGUGGCUCGUUUGAUGGCGCAAGAAAACAAGAUGGUGAUUCAUGAUAAUCAUAUGAAAAUACCAAAGACUUAUUACCUGUCUCUUAUGCUUUUCGCUAUCGCAGCCCACGAUGUGAUCGGUUGUCAGAACAGUCCUGUUGGUAUAGCAGACAGAAGUAUUAUACCAGAUGACAGAUUUACAGCCUCUUCAUAUUACAAUGCAAGAUAUACCCCAAAGAAUGCUCGUCUGAAUGGAGCCAAAGGAUGGGCACCAAAAACAACAACCGACCCUAAUGACUAUCUACAGAUAGACUUGGGUGAAGUGUUUGUUAUCUGUGCUGUGUCUACCCAGGGCUAUGAAUGGACUACUAAUGAAUGGACUACAGAAUACAAGAUAUCUACAUCUGUAAAUAAUGUCAAUUGGAGUAUUUACAAAAGUGGUUACACAAACGGUAACGUAGAUAAGUUGUUUCGUGGUAAUACAGAUAAAACUACUGUCUUCAAGAAUGUCCUAGAUUAUCCAGUUCUGGUCAGAUACAUUAGGUUUAUACCCACAACGUUUAACAGUUGGAAGGCCCUACGUGUUGAAGCUUAUGGUAUAAAAAAACGUUGUCAGGACAGUCCCGUUGGUAUAGCAGACAGUAGUAUUAUACCAGAUGACAAAUUUACAGCAUCUUCACAGUAUGACCAUAGAUAUGUUCCUAUGAAUGCCCGUCUGAAUGGAGACACAGGAUGGGCACCAAAGACAAAACUCGACCCUGAUGACUAUCUACAGAUAGACUUGGGUCAGUUGUUUGAAUUAUGUGCUGUGGCUACUCAGGGCAGCGGUAAACAUGGAAAUAAUGAAUGGACUACAGAAUACAAGUUAUUAACAUCGCUAGAUAAAGUCAAUUGGACUACAAAUACGUGGACUUACAAAACUUGCACCAAUAAGUUGUUUCCUGGUAACACAGAGAGUAAAACUGUUGUCAAAAAUGCUCUAGAUUACCCAGUUCUGGCGAGGUUCAUCAGGUUUAUACCCACAAGGUAUUGGAAAUGGAAGGUCCUACGUGUAGAGGUGUAUGGUCUCAAAAAACCUCUCUACCAGUUGGUAUUGGUAGUGGUAAAAUACCAGACAGUGAUAUGACGUCAUCAUCAGCUUACAACAGCACCACGUCACCAUCCAAGGCAAGACUAAACUACAUAGCAGAGUCAUCAUGGUGUGCUGCUAGAAAUGACUCUUCUCCAUAUCUACAGAUUAACUUAGGAUCACCUUACAUCAUUUGUGGUAU